AUAUCACCGACCAGGCAUGGAAUUACUCUUCACACCGAAACCGGACGGAAGCCUGCGCAUGUGCAUCGACUACCGAGCUCUUAACAAGCAGACCAUCAAGAAUAAAUAUCCGAUACCGCGAAUCGAUGACCUGCUUGACCAGCUUCGGGGAGCUACGGUAUUUUCCAAACUGGAUCUGCGGUCCGGAUACUGGCAGAUACGGAUGGCGGACAACUCUAUCCACAAAACUGCUUUUCGAACUCGGUACGGAUCGUACGAGUAUUUGGUCAUGCCGUUCGGACUCACCAACGCGCCGGCAACGUUCCAAGCCGAAAUGAACCACAUUCUACGACCACUUCUGGACGAAUGCGUGGUGGUGUACCUGGACGACAUACUCAUCUACUCGCGCGACAUGAAGCAGCACGUCGAACACCUGCGACGCGUCUUCGAAAUUCUUCGACGAGAACGAUUCUACGUCAAACUGUCCAAGAGCGAAUUCGCCCUGGAGAAAGUCCAAUUUCUAGGACACUUGGUGAGCGCUCAAGGAGUUCACGUCGACCCCAAGAAAGUCGAAGCCGUACGUACGUGGAAGACACCCGAGAACGUGAAGGAGUUGCAGCAGUUCCUAGGCUUCGCUAAUUACUACAACAGGUUCGUGCCACAGUAUGCGAAAUUCACGACACCACUCACGAAUCUGCUGAAGAAGAACACGCCCUACAAAUGGGAGACGAAGCACCAGGAAGCCGUGGAGCAGCUGAAACAAGCACUAACGUCCGCACCGGUGCUCAUCUUGCCAGAUCCCGAACGUGACUACGUCAUUGAAGCAGACGCCAGUGAUCAGGCCGUGGGUGCAGUCUUGAUGCAAGACCAGGGGAAUGGACUGCAACCAAUUGCCUACCUCAGCAAGAAACUGCACGGGGCAGAACUCAACUACCCGAUACACGACAAAGAGGCUCUUGCUAUCAUCAUCGCCUUCAAAGCGUGGAGAUGCUAUCUCGAAGGACGAAGAACGACCGUCUACACCGACCACUGCAGCCUGAAAUAUUUGAAGACACAACCCAACCUCUCCAGGCGGCAAGUCCGGUGGAUCGACUUCCUUGGGACACACUUCCACUACGACAUCGUGUACAAGCCCGGCCACAAGAACAAAGCAGACGCUCUCAGCCGGCCUGCACACGUUGCCGCGAUUCAGGUCGAAGGGAUGAAUCCACUACUCAAGGGACUCUUCACCCACGGGUACGCCAUCGAUCCCGAAAUUUCCUUGGCAGAAAAGCGGCAUCUGCUACAGUGGGACAGUGACAUCGCGUACCGGAAAGGAUCAACAAAAAUCUGGGUACCCAAUUACCCUCCUUUGCGCCAGUUACUACUCGAAGAAUACCACGACGUCCUGUACGCCGGACACUUCGGUAGCAACAAGACGCUCACCGGUAUCGCCAAACACUACUACUGGCCCCAUAUGGCAGACGACGUCCAGAAAUUCGUCACCUCGUGUGAUACAUGUCAGCGGAUGAAGAGCAGCAAGCAGAAAAAGGCGGGACUACUGCAGCCUUUUCCUGUCCCAGAACAACCAUGGCAAGUGGUUAGCCUGGACUUCAUUACCGGGUUACCACCUACCUCCAGCGGUCAUGACGCCAUCCUUGUCGUCAUUGACAAGUUCUCCAAAAUGGGACACUUCAUCCCGACACACACGACGGCACGCACCGAGGAGACAGCACAGCUCUUCGUUCGUCACAUCAUCUCACAGCAUGGCAUCCCAACUACACUCAUCUCCGACCGAGACCCCAAGUUCACUAGCAAGUUCUGGAAGGAACUUAUGUCUCUGCUCGGCACCAAACUCGCCAUGUCAUCCGCAUACCAUCCGCAGACAGACGGACAGACCGAGCGCCUCAACCAAAUUGUUGAGCAACUCCUCCGAGCAGCCUGCAAGGACGACAUCUCCAAAUGGGACUUGCACCUGCCCGUACUCGAGUUUGCUUACAACAAUGCCACACAUGCCGCUACUGGACAGACGCCGUUCUUCCUCUGCUACGGACGCCACCCACUCACACCACAAAAACCGACAGCAUCACCUACAGUCCAACCCGCACAUGAUUUCAUUACAACCAUGCAUCAACUUUAGGAUCGGACCCAUAAGCGCCUCCUUG